CAGGAGACAAUCCUCCAUGAACACCUCUAGUGCUGAGUCCUUCCCAUGGGUUACACUUCUUCAUGAACUGGUCCGGAGUACGUUGCUUCCACCAGAUGUAGUCCUUCAGCAUGUGUUCCCUGCAGGGUCACAGACAGUGCCAGAAGCACAGCCCACAGCCUCCUUUGGGACUCCACAUGCCAAGGUGCACUGUGCUGAUGAUGCCUGCUUGUGUUGUUUUCAGCUCUACGGCUAUUGCUACCAAGACAGCAAUGACAUCCCAGACACGCUGACAACCAUCACUGAACUGGGCUCGCCUUUAGAGAUGAUUCAGCUUCUACAGACUUCCUGGGAAGACAGAUUUCGGAUAUGUCUCAGCUUAGUUCGGCUUCUGCAUUACUUGGCUCACUCUCCUCUUGGCUCGGUGACAUUACUGGAUUUUCGCCCUCGGCAGUUUGUGAUUGUGGAUGGGGAGCUGAAGGUGACAGAUCUGGAUGAUGCCAGUGUUGAGGAGAGCUCUUGCACUAGUAACAGCGACUGCUUCAUGGAAUUCCCUGCAAGAAACUUCACCUUGCCCUGCUCGGUUGAGGGACGGUGUCAGAGCAUGAAUGAAAAGAGGAAUCUCUACAAUGCUUACAGGUUUUUUUUUACCUAUCUUCUUCCACACAGUGCUCCAUCCUCACUGAGACCAUUACUGGAUAAGAUAGUCAAUGCAACAGGAGAGCUUCACUGGGGAAUAGAUGAGACAGCUGCUCAGCUGGAGAGAGUUUUGAAUCUGUAUAAGAGUGGGGAGUACCUGCAGAACACAACCCGGGUGCCGAAAGCUGAGUACAAACGGGUGCCUGAAGCCUUUAUUCCUGAUGAGAACUACAGAUGCUGGCCAUCCUACCAUCACAAGGGCUGUCUCCUCUCUGUGUUUGAUGUCAACGAAGCCAUUGAGAUCUGUGACAGCUACUCCCAGUGCAAAGCUUUUGUCCUAACUAACCAGACGACUUGGACAGGUCGGCAGCUUGUCUUCUUCAAGAUGGCCUCAAAUCAUAUUGUGCCUGAUCCUGACAAGAUAACAUAUGUGAAGGUGACAGACUGACACCUAAAAUGGCUCAGUCUGACACGUGAGUGAUAAGAGCUGUUUGUGUAUAAAUAUAGGCAGCUGUUAGGUAGAAGGCAGCUGUGGCCGGAGAAAUAAUUGCACUAUUACUCAUUCUAAUCUAUAGAGUGCUAAAGGAAACUUUAAAGAAAUAACCUGCAUGACCAGGAUGAAUGUGCAAUAAAACAAGAUUUUGAAAAUGUGAUUUAAAAAGAAAGCAGAACAACCCAAAGCAAAGUACAAGAGAUGAUACACUGUUAGAGUAUAAUUUUAGUUAUAAAUCAGCUGGCGGCUCUGGCUUUUCUAACCAAGGUUAGCAUAACAUUUCUGACCUAUACAUGUGUGUCCAGGGAUGAAAGCUGAUCAUUUCUCUGGGAAACCUGUAUCCUCCACACUGAUAUUUAUUUGGGCACGUACAAUCACAACAGAGGAACUGAAGCGUAUCAGUUUGUCUGCUGAAUAGCAAACGUUACUGAGGACAAUCAGCAUUUGUGUUAAAGCUAUGGAAUAUGCAAUGCCGGCAUAUUCGUCAAACGGAAGGAACUGCUUAUGUUUAGAAUUGCAAGACUGCAACUAAUUUUCAUUUUUGCUUCCAAUGUUAUCAUAAAGUUUCAUUUUUAAUUUGAAAGAGUCAUUUUGUAAUCUAGCAAAUCACAUAAGCAUAUGAAUAGUCCUACUGAAAGGGCAGGGACUUACCCAAGUGCCAUGUGCUUUGCUGGAUAGGCCUAAGCAUAUGCUUACAAUUAAGCCUGUGCUUAAGACUUUUGUUGAAUCAGUUUGAAUUGUUCAGGAAGCCACAUCUUUGACAGACUGGCAAAGCAGUCCAGCUGGUUGAACUGUACUAAUUUAAUGACUAUCUUGCAGUUAUUUGUACCUUUUAUCAUCAGGUCCUUGGUUUUCUAAGGCAUCGCUUGCUGAUUCUUAGAGUGAAUGAAGUCAAUGACCUUAAUGAUGUCAAAUGAAUGCUAGCCUUAAUUCUAUAUAAAAUGCAUCUUAAAGGCAGGGUGUGUCUAGAGAAUUUGCUUUCAGUGAAAGCAAUGAAGUAAAUGCUGAAGUGACCAAUGUCAUACUGUUUUGUAGUUUGUACAGUCAGGAAAAAUGUGCUUUUGUUUCUCAAAUUGUUUAUUUUUGUAAAAAAAUAAAAAUAAAAGAUAAAUAUAAUUUCUUUUAUUCUU